AUGCCCCAAACCCGUAGCGCCGCAAAGCGCACUGCUGGAGCAGUUUCUCCGUUCGAUGACUCUGCCAAGUCAGGCAACAAAAGACCUGUAAACAUUACCCAGGCCCAUGGGAAGACGCAUCGGACUAAGCGCGCAAAGAAGCAAACCCAAGCGCCAGUCUGGUCAGCACAAAAGAACGUGUUAGUUCUCCCUCAUGGUCUGGGUACCGUUCAGAAUUCAACAAUCCCCAACGAUAAUAUCUGCAAGCCUCCCUCCAUAUUCAGUACAGACGGUGGCAUUAUAGCAGACAGGAAGAAAAUGACGCUGGAAGAGCUCAAAAAGGCAGCAAGACCUCGAGGCCUGCCCAAGGAAACACCCGAGAACAAGUACCGAUUGAUGCCCGGAGCUACUCCGUUUCCUGACUGGACAAGGCCCACUCCUGAGGAAUGUCAAACCGUCUAUGAUAUUCUGGUAAAAGAGUACGAGGAAAGGCAGAAAUCCAGAGGGCAGAGAGAGAAACAAAGCAAGGGAGCGGGCAAAAAUCAAGGGACAGAUACACUGUCCAAGAAGUAUACACCACUCAGCUUCAGACCUCCGGCCAAAAUUCAGCCACCCUCAACUACCGUCGCCGGUUGUGGGGAGGUGCCUGACCUGGUUGACGCCAUGAUGAGAACUCUUGUCAGCCAAUCAGUAACGCGGGAGAGUGCCAACAUGGUCAUGGAAAGAAUCACCAAGAGAUUCGGCCAACUUAACUCUCAAGGAAUCGGCGCUGGUAGCAUCAACUGGAACGCAGUGCGUCUGGCACCCCCUGAGGAUGUCAUACAAACCCUUCACAAGGGUGGGUUACAAAACAGGAAACAUGAAGGUAUAAGGGGAUGUCUCGACAUGAUUCACGAGGAGAACCAAGCUAGAAGAGCUGCGUAUCUAAAGGAGGGGGAGACAGGGGUGACUGCUAACGUACCAGGCGCAGCGGAAAUGACUGCAGGACAAAAAGCGCAUCAACUCAAAAAGAUUGAAGCUGGAGUCCUCACACUGGACCACAUCCGCGUCAUGUCAGCGGACGAGGCUAUACUGGCACUCAUCAAAUAUCCCCAGAUUGGAGUCAAGACAGCGGCCUGCCUUCUUCUCUUCUGCCUGCAGAUGCCCAGCUUUGCUGUGGAUACCCACGUUUACCGCAUGUGCAAGUGGUUGUACUGGGUCCCUGGCACAGAGAAUGAGAACUACGUCUAUAUGCAUUGCGACUUACGAGUCCCGGAUCAUCUCAAGUAUGGUCUUCAUCAGCUUUUCAUUGAGCACGGAAGUGGGUGCCAUCGUUGCAAAGGAAACACUUCGAAGGGAACUCCAGAGUGGGAUAAGGCAGUUUGCCCGCUUGAGCAUCUCUUGGACCGCUACAGCAAGAAAGAGAGUAAGUCAAAGGCAAUAAAGGCUGUCGUUAUCGAGAAGGAGGGCAGUGAGACUCAAGACGCCCCUGAAUGCUCUUUUGAGACGGUCAUCAAAGAAUAG